AGUCUUCAUCACAAAUACGACCCAGAAGGCGCGUAGGGUGCAAAUUAGGCUCUUUGUUCAUGGUUGAGUUUGUUUUAGGUUUGAAAAACCUAUGUUUUCAACUCAAAUUAACGCCGUAUCAGUUCAAUGUUUGAACUCUCACAUAACUAAGACUGUUUCGACAAAAUAUUGUGUAGUGCGAUGAUCAUUUGAGUGUACUCUGGUGUUCUCUUUGUUUCCAAACACCCUAAACAAAUUUUUUCCACGAAAUUGUUAGCACUUAAUAAGUAUCAAAGUUCAUUUGUGGUUGUUUUCUUUUCGUUAUCUUAUCUUUUGUGUUGCUGUUCUCUUGGUGGUAUGCUUUAAAAUUAAGAAAAUUGUCGGCAUUCUCCAUUGGUCAUUGUGGUUCAAGUGGCUUGGAAAGAUAUGCUUGCAUUCAUGCGUUCUUAGAAUUUUACUGUUCGGUUAUAUUUUGAAAAUUUGAUGAAAGAUAGUUCUUUAUUUAAUUUGAAAUGGCAUUCACCAAGUAUCAAGUAUUUCUUGUAGUUUUGCUUGUAGCAACUGGUUCAAUUAAUACCCUAACAACAAAGUGGACUGAUCGCUUGAAAGCUGAAAACAGUGCGGGUAAAGUUGUAUAUUUUCAACAUCCGUUUGUACAAGCAUGUUCUAUGUUUAUAGGUGAAAUUAUGUGCUUAGUUGUGUUUAAAAUUCUUUACUUCUACUAUUCUCGUAAACAGGAUGGAUCAAUAGAAAAUGUUGGUUUGGUGAAAGGAAAUCAAAAUUUUAAUCCUUUUGUCCUAUUGCCACCAGCUCUUUGUGAUAUGUGUCUAACAUCUUUGAUGUACAUUGGACUUAAUCUCACGUACGCUUCUUCAUUUCAAAUGUUGCGAGGUUUGGUAGUUGUGGGACUUUCUGAUCUAGGAGCAGAAAAUGAUAAAAAUGUGACUGGAAUUUCAGAGGAAAAGUAUGGCUUUAUGAAAGGUUCUGGCAAUCACAGCACAUCUGAUAUAAUUCUAGGUGAUGCAUUGGUGAUUGGUGCUCAAGCUCUUGCUGCUGUACAAAUGGUGUGGGAAGAAAAGUUUGUGGCAGGAUUGGAUAUUCCUGCUUUGCAGGCAGUUGGCUGGGAAGGUGUCUUUGGUUUUGUUGUAUUGGGAACUCUCCAGAUACCAUUUUAUUACAUUCAUGUACCUCCUCCGUAUAGUGCAAAUCCACAUAACAGGCUUGAAGACGUUCCUGAUGCUUUUGUGCAAAUGGGACAUGAACCCCUUAUUAUUAUUGCUGUGACAGGCACUAUAUUAAGUAUUGCAUUCUUCAAUUUUGCGGGAAUUAGUGUGACUAAAGAGAUAUCUGCUACCACCCGAAUGGUUCUUGAUAGUGUUCGAACUCUUGUUAUAUGGGUAUGCACCUUGGGGUUGAGAUGGCAACCAUUCCAUUGGCUCCAGGUUGUGGGAUUUAUCAUCUUUCUCAUUGGAAUGUGUGUUUAUAACAACAUAUUAAUACCAAAACUUAUGAGCUGUAUUCCGUGCCAAAGAAAUACUGAAGAACAAGAUGAGGAAAGAUUGAUAAGUGCUGGACCCACAGAUCAGCCAACAGAUGAAGUUCCUCAAUCCCCACCUUGAUGAUGCAUGGAGGAACUGUUUGAAAGAUAGCCUAAUUGUAAGUGCAUUUCUCUUUGAGCAAGUACUGUUGUCAUUAUUUAAGUGUCUUGAAACGUGUGUUCACUAUGUUACUUAAUACUGAUGUUACCUUGUUGAUUCAAAAUUAAAAUGAAUAGUAGGUAUAUAAAUGUCCUGUCCUGUCCUGUCCCUGUCUACCAAGCAUUAUUGUUGUGCAACUGUUAAAUUUGUUCACAAAGAUGGGCAUUAUAUCUCUUGUUGUAUUCUGUAUAUUAUAUGUGACAUUUCUUCUUAUUUUAUUAUAUCAGAAAUGUAAUUUUGAUGUAGAUUAGUCUACUUCCUCCAUUGAAAUUGAAAUAAAUAUAAGAAUUUUCUAGAACAGUAAGAUUAUUAAGUUAGUUGAUAUAUUCAGAAAGAAAAUAAAAAAUAUUUUAUAUGCCUUUACUUGUAAAGGGACUUAAUAUUAAAUUACAAUUUUCCUGCAUAAACUUCUACUGUUGAUCCGAGCCUCAAAAAUCAGAACUGUUAUAUAAGUAUUUAACAUAUUGUAUGUAAUGAAAGGAUGUAGAAGUUUUUUGUCAAUGGAAACCUGUGUGUAAAUGCACUUAAAUUUAUAUUUGACAUGUCUUUGCUGCAUGAGUUGUUCAUUACUGUUCUUCUAUACUACAGGGUAUUUAAUGGAGGAUGAUUGAUUAAAUCAAAAAUUAAAAUUUAAUGUCUUUGGCAACAGAUACCUAUACCAAUAUGGCACUUUUUCUUGUUUUAUUUAUUUAAAAUUUUUUUUUUAAUAAAUAUAUUGUAUCUUGGUUAACAGAUAUUUUCUGUAAGAUUUUUAUAAUCAUUAGAGAUAUAUCCUUUUUUUUUAUUUUGCUUGUUAAAAACAGGAUACGUUGGUAUUUAAACAAAUAUUUGAAAAUUGUUCAUGGAUUGCAUUGCUCUCUUCUAAUUUAACUUUUUCAGUUCUCAAGUGCAUUUGUUGUUUGAAAUUUGUUGGUUUUUUGCUAAAAUUAGUUGCAAAUGAAUAGUAUGGAUCCGUGUAAUAUUUGUUUGUAUGCUUAGACAUUUGCUAUGCGAGUCAAAUGAUAGUAAGAUGCAGGAAAGAUUUUACCAAGCACUUGAUAACCAUUUCUUAAGAGUUAGCUGUUACUCAUAAGCUGUGUAAGUUUUUGUUCAGAAUAAUGUAUGUAGUGUUUUUCAGAAUCAGAUACUCAUUAUUUACAUGUCUUGCUAAUAAGACUUGGAAUUGCAGCAAGGUUGUAAGAUAUUUGCCUUUAGUUCGUUUUGCAAAACAUAGGACUUUAAAGGAAAAAUAAUUCAUGAGAAGGAAGUGGAGGUGAAAAAUAUUUUACAUUCCACAAAACUAAAUUGUUUAGAAAUUUGUGUGUGUGUGUAGGUGUGUGAAGCGCAAAUGAAUUAUAGUUUUAAAAAUUCAAAUGAAAUAAUUUAAAUAUGUUUACAAUCUGAUAUAACUUAUGUUUUGGACUACUUAUUUCAUUAAUUCUUAAUUCACAAAAUAUAUAUUUCUAAUUAAGGCAUUGUUCAAAAUGGAAAUAAAUUAUUCUUUCAAACCUAGUUGAAAUUAGAGACAAUUUAAAACUGAGAGGUGUGUUGUACCUGUUCAUACUGAAGACUGGAAGUAUUUUUUGAUGAAUUUUUGAAAAAUUGUGCUCUAAAAAUGAGAUGUAAAGCUUAAAAAUAGCUGUGUUAUAUGUUAUUUAUGUUGAAAUAAACAAACAUUGUUCAUAUUUGUGCAUUAGAA